AUUUUUUUGUUGCUCUUUUACAUGGAAGUUCUAUUAUGCAUCUGGAUUAGUUACUGUCUAUAUGUGAGAAGGAAAUGUUUAUUUGGAGAAGGAAAUGGCAACCCACUCCAGUAUUCUUGCCUGGGAAAUCCCAUGGACAGAGGAGCCUGGCAGGCUACAGUCCAUGGGGUCUCAAAGAGUCAGACACAUCUUAGCAACCAAACAACAAAAUAUGUGAGAAAGCUAUUAAUUUUUAUGUAUUAUUUGCAUGGCAAAAUGGUUUGAUAAGAAGGCAUUUAAUUUUUGCUUGUGUGAAUAUCAUUUACAUGGUAUGUGACCUGAGGAGAGUCCAGUAUCUUUUCUGCAUUAAUUCCAUUAUUUGUAAAAAAAAAAAAAAAAUUUUUUUUAAGGUUAAGAAGAUAUUUCUUCAUUCUUUUUAGUAGUCAAUGAAAUAAUACAUAUUAGGCAGUUAGAACAGUCCGGUUCAAAAUAAACUCCCAGUAAAGAUCAUUUAUUAUUGUAUCUAGUAGUUUUUCAGCUGAUCUAGGGCACUGCUCGCUUUUCAAUCCAGUAGAUAUCACUGAUGGUUAGCAACUGGUUUUCCUGUGGCACUCUUGGCAAUUUUCAAAUUCUCUCUGGAUCGACUAGGUGGACUUUUAAACAUAACCACCGAUAUUUUGACUCUACCCCCUAAAAGGCCCAGUAAUCACUUCAGAAGGGAAUGAGUCUACCAGAAACCCCACUUUGAGAAACGGUUUUACCUGACCCUGGACUGCGAGUAUAGCUGCCCUCAUUUCACUCAAGUGAGAGAACCAAGUCUGCCCCUGCUCAGAAACCAGAGUCCCUUUCAGCUGAGCCUAAGAGAGAACAAGGGAAAUGUAGACAUGUCUCAAAGAUACCUGUAGAAUGACGGUUCUCAGUCAGGGGCAGGGGCUAUGUUACAAUGUCUAGAGACAUCUGUGAUUGUCGAGGGGCAGUGUGGCUGGCAUCUCGUGGGCUGAGGUCAGGGUUGCUGCUCUGCAUCUUAAAAUGCCACAAAGAUGUAGCUCACCAGAAAUGGCAGGAGUGCGCCAGUUGAGAAACUUCUAGAAAAAAACAUCAGCCAGCCAAGUUGCUUGAAUUUAGACAUGAGGUUGCCCUGACUGUGGUGGUAGAAAUAAAAGGAACCUGCUGCUUCUGCAAACCUCAUGUCUGUGAUGGCAUAAAUAGUCACACUCCUCCCCCUACCCCUUAACCAGUCUUUGCACUUAGAAGGUUCACGACUGGCAGCCUGGAGUCUCCAUGACUUAGUUGAUGCUACUGGGUCCAUCUCAGGCUGAUCUUGACACCUCUCAUGUUCUGCUCUCUUCAACCAGACUUCUCUGUUUCAUUUUGGAAGAAGACUGAAAAUGGUGUUUCCAAUGUGGACAUUGAAGAGACAGUUUCCUAUCCUUUUUAACAUGAUCCUAAUUUCUGAACUCCUUGGGGCUAGAUGGUUUCCUAAAACUCUGCCCUGUGAUGUCACUCUGGAUGCCCCAAAUGCCCAUGUGAUUGUGGACUGCACAGACAAGCAUUUGACAGAAAUUCCUGGAGGUAUUCCUGCCAAUGCCACCAACCUUACCCUCACCAUUAACCACAUAGCAGGCAUCUCUCCAGCCUCCUUCCACCGGCUGGACCAUCUGGUGGAGAUCGAUUUCAGAUGCAACUGCAUACCUGUUCGACUGGGGCCAAAAGACAACGUGUGCACCAAAAGGCUACAGAUUAAACCCAACAGCUUUAGCAAACUCACGUAUUUAAAAUCUCUUUACCUGGAUGGAAACCAGCUUCUAGAAAUACCUCAGGAUCUUCCUCCCAGCUUACAGCUGCUGAGUCUGGAGGCCAACAACAUCUUUUUGAUCAUGAAGGAGAAUCUAACAGAACUGGCCAACCUAGAAAUACUCUACCUGGGCCAAAACUGUUACUAUCGUAACCCUUGUAAUGUUUCAUUUACUAUCGAAAAAGAUGCUUUCCUAAAUAUGAGAAAUUUAAAAUUGCUCUCCCUAAAAGAUAACAAUAUCUCAGCUGUCCCCACUGUUUUGCCAUCUAGUUUGACAGAACUCUAUCUUUACAAUAACAUCAUUACAAAAAUCCAAGAAGAUGAUUUUAAUAACCUCAGUCAACUACAAGUUCUUGAUCUGAGUGGAAAUUGCCCUCGUUGUUAUAAUGUUCCAUUUCCUUGCACACCCUGUGAAAAUAAUUCUCCCCUACAGAUUGAUCCAAAUGCUUUUGAUGCAUUGACAGAAUUGCAAGUCUUACGUCUACACAGUAACUCUCUACAGCACGUGCCCCAAAGAUGGUUUAAAAACAUUAACAAACUUAAAGAACUAGAUCUUUCCCAAAACUUCUUGGCCAAAGAAAUUGGGGAUGCCAAAUUUUUACAUCUUCUUCAUAACCUUGUCAACUUGGAUCUGUCUUUCAAUUAUGAUCUUCAGGUCUACCAUGCAGUUAUAAAUCUAUCAGAUGCAUUUUCUUCACUGAAAAAAUUGAAAGUUUUGCGAAUCAAAGGCUAUGUCUUUAAAGAGCUGAAUAGUUUAAACCUCUUCCCAUUACAUAAUCUUCCCAAUCUUGAAGUUCUUGAUCUUGGCACUAACUUUAUAAAAAUUGCUAACCUCAGCAUUUUUAACCAAUUUAAAACAUUGAAAUUCAUAGAUCUUUCAGUGAAUAAAAUAUCACCUUCGGGAGAUUCACCUGAAGGUGGUUUCUGCUCUAACAUGAGAACUUCUGUAGCAGGCCAUGGGCCUCAGGUCCUUGAAACAUUGCAUUAUUUCAGAUAUGAUGAGUAUGCAAGGAGUUGCCGGUCCAAGAGCAAAGAGCCUCCUUCUUUCUUACCUCUUAAUGAAGAUUGUUAUAUGUAUGGGCAGACCUUGGACCUUAGUAGAAAUAAUAUAUUUUUUAUCAAGCCUUCUGAUUUCCAGCAUCUUUCUUUCCUCAAAUGCCUAAACUUAUCAGGAAAUAGCAUUAGCCAGACGCUCAAUGGAAGUGAAUUUCAGCCUUUAGUGGAGUUGAAAUAUUUGGACUUCUCUAACAAUCGGCUUGAUUUACUCUACUCAACUGCAUUUGAGGAGCUACACAACCUGGAAGUCCUAGAUAUAAGUAGUAACAGCCAUUAUUUUCAAUCAGAAGGAAUUACUCACAUGCUAAAUUUUACCAAGAACCUCAAGGUUCUGAAGAAACUGAUGAUGAACUAUAAUGAUAUUGCUACCUCCACCAGCAGGACCAUGGAGAGUGAAUCUCUUCAAAUCCUGGAGUUCAGAGGCAACCAUUUGGAUAUUUUAUGGAGAGAUGGUGAUAACAGAUACUUAAAAUUCUUUAAGAAUCUGCUAAACUUAGAAGAGCUAGACAUCUCUGAAAAUUCUCUGAGUUUCUUACCUUUGGGAGUUUUUGAUAGUAUGCCUCCAAAUCUAAAGACUCUCUCCUUAGCCAAAAAUGGGCUCAAGUCUUUCAGUUGGGAAAAACUACAGAGUCUGAAGAAUCUAGAAACUUUGGACCUCAGCUUCAACCAGCUGAAGACUGUCCCUGAGAGAUUAUCCAACUGUUCCCGCAGCCUCAAGAAACUCAUACUUAAGAAUAAUCAAAUCAGGUGCCUGACGAAGUAUUUUCUCCAAGGUGCUUUCCAGUUGCGACAUCUGGACCUCAGUUCAAAUAAAAUUCAGGUUAUCCAAAAGACGAGUUUUCCAGAAAACGUCCUCAACAAUCUGAACAUUUUGUUUUUGCAUCACAAUCGAUUUCUGUGCAACUGUGAUGCUGUGUGGUUUGUCUGGUGGGUUAACCAUACUGAGGUGACUAUUCCUUACUUGGCCACAGAUGUGACUUGCAUGGGACCAGGAGCACACAAGGGCCAGAGUGUAGUCUCUCUGGAUCUAUAUACCUGUGAGUUAGAUCUGACUAACUUCAUCCUGCUCUCACUUUCCAUAUCAGCAGUUCUCUCUCUGAUGAUGAUCACAACAGCAAACCAUCUCUAUUUCUGGGAUGUGUGGUAUAGUUAUCAUUUCUGUAAAGCCAAAAUAAAAGGGUAUCGACGUCUGAUAUCACCCAAUUCUUGCUAUGAUGCUUUCAUUGUAUAUGACACUAAAGACCCAGCAGUGACAGAGUGGGUUUUGGACGAGCUGGUGGCCAAAUUGGAAGACCCGAGAGAGAAGUGUUUUAAUUUAUGUCUUGAGGAAAGGGACUGGUUACCAGGGCAGCCUGUUCUGGAAAAUCUUUCCCAGAGCAUACAGCUUAGCAAAAAGACAGUGUUUGUGAUGACAGACAAGUACGCAAAGACUGAAAAUUUUAAGAUAGCAUUUUACUUAUCCCAUCAGAGGCUCAUGGAUGAAAAAGUGGAUGUAAUCAUCUUGAUAUUCCUUGAGAAGCCCCUUCAGAAGUCCAAGUUUCUCCAACUCCGGAAGAGGCUCUGUGGCAGUUCUGUCCUUGAGUGGCCAACAAACCCACAGGCUCACCCGUAUUUCUGGCAGUGUCUGAAAAACGCUCUGGCCACAGACAAUCACGUGACCUACAGUCAGGUGUUCAAAGAGACGGCCUAGCCCUUCUUUGCCGAAUGUGACUGCUACCAAGGAGAAGCGUGGCUGCCUUGAUCGGCUCACCCAUGUGUUGCCAGAAGAGCAUUUUAAGAUUCUUCAAGCCCUGGGAUUGCCCAUAUUGGAGAGGAGUCAUCAAUACAUGACAAAGGAAGUGGAAAAAUGGGAUUUAUAUAAGCAUCAAGUCAUCUUUCUCAGCUCUCUCUGUCUCCAUUUGCACUUGAGUCUUUGUCUUCUGCCCUUGCAUAAAAUACUGUUGGGAGAAGAGUGGCAAGUAGAGGAUGUGGGACUUUGAUUCUCAUGUAAUUGUGAUUAUUUCACAUACACACAGUCACCAAGAACUGCACUUCUACCCUUAAGAGGCACUGGUAUGUAUAGAAACAGGGUUAAAAAAAGGCUCAGAGCUGCUUAUAUGGCAUUAAAAUGUACCAGUUAAUUAGUGGUAAAAAUAAAGACACAGUUAACUCUUCAGCCAAUUGACUCAACCAUCUAGUGCCCCGUUCUGUGCAGACCAAGUGUUGGCCCCCAGCAGGUGGUUGCAGCUCAAGUGCUCCUUGCUCUUUCUCUCCUGGGCCUGUUAUUGGGUUCUUUGGGGAAACAGAAACAUCUUUGUCAUCAAUGGACAUAGUCUACUUACAAGUGGGAGAAGAAUAAAGCGCUCUGUAUGCGAAGUCAUGCUCUUUACUUUUGAUGAUAAUUUACCUGCUUAAAUAUGGCUCUGGACUAAAUGUUUCUCUCCCCCCAGGUUCGUACGUUGAAACCCUAAUAUCCCAAUGUGAUGGUGUUGGGAGGUGGGGUUUUUAAGAACUGGUUAGGUCAUGAGACUGGAGCCCUCGUGAUGGGAUUACUGCCUUAGAGGAAGCAGUCAGGGGACUAACUUGCUGUGUUCCCACUGUGUGAGGGUAUGGAGAGAGGCUGCCAGUCUAUAACACAGAAGAGGACCCUCAGCAGAACCAGAUCACGUUGGCAUUCUGAUCUCCUCCAGACUGGCUUCCAUGCUUCAGACUUGUUAGAAAUAAAUGUUUGUUCUUUAA